AAUGCAUUCUCUUCCCUCCACCCCUUAGUCCUUUUCCUCAAAGGGACUACCAUAAUUUUUCUCUCCCAAACAAACCCAAGAGAGGAAGAAAGAAAGAAAAGAGUAUAAACACACAAUAUCUCUUUAAACUCUUGACCCUUCUCUUGGAGGCAUGGCUUUCCCAAUUCUCUUCCUUCUCUUCAUUUCCCUUCCCUUCUCCUCCGCAAAGCUCAACGUCGAUUACUACAAAAACACAUGCCCAGACUUCGAAAAAAUCGUUAGGGAAAACGUCUUCACCAAACAAAGCGCUAGCGUGGCCACAGCACCGGGUCUCCUUCGCCUCUUCUUCCACGAUUGCAUCACCGAUGGCUGCGACGCUUCCCUCCUCAUAACUUCCAAUGCAUACAACCCUCAUGCAGAACGUGAUGCGGACCUCAACCUUUCUCUCUCCGGUGAUGCCUUCGACAUCAUAGUUAAAAUCAAAAACGCAUUAGAACUUGCAUGCCCUGGUGUUGUGUCGUGUUCCGACAUCGUGGCACAGGCCACAAGAGACCUUGUUAAGAUGGUCGGUGGUCCUUUUUACCCCGUGAGGCUGGGGAGAAAGGAUAGCACUGAAUCAGAUGCUGCGAGAGUGAGUGCAAGCCUUCCAACACCAAGCAUGACCAUGGACCAGAUCAUUGAGAAGUUCACCUCAAAGGGUUUCACUGUUAAGGAGAUGGUGGCUUUGACUGGGGCACACACCAUUGGGUUCACACACUGCAAGGAGUUCAUCCACAGGAUCUACAACUUCAGCAAGACCUCUGAUGCUGACCCUAUGAUGCACCCUAAGCUGGUCCAAGGGUUGAGGUCCGUGUGCCAGAACUACACCAAGGACUCCUCAAUGGCUGCAUUCAAUGAUGUUAGGUCACCAGGGAAGUUUGACAAUGCCUACUACCAGAAUGUCAUCAAGGGUUUGGGGUUGUUGACCUCUGAUUCCAUUCUUGCUGUUGACCCAAGGACAAAGCCUCUUGUGGAGCUCUAUGCAAAUGACCAGCAAGCUUUCUUCAAGGACUUUGCUGAUGCCAUGGAGAAACUUUCUGUGUUUAGAGUCAAAACUGGCGACAAAGGAGAGGUGAGGAACAGGUGUGACCAAUUCAACAGUAUUCCUGCCUAAAUGACCGAAGUUACUGAGGUUGAAAUUAUUAGAUAAUUCGAAACUAUUUCCUAUUCUUGCAUUUAUAUAUGACACGUGCAUACUUAAAAGUAUUGACAAUUGAUGAUAUAUAUAUACAUGUCAUAUAUAAAGAUUAAUUAAGAUGGUAUAGUCUCGGAUUAUCUGAUAAUUUCUAGAGAUUUUGUGUAUCUAGAGAGUCACUAUGGAUAUACAUUGUCAUUUGUGUCCUUGUCAAAAGAAAAUUGUGAGAAACUUAUUACCUAUAUACAUUUGAAUUUUUUGUUUGUUUCCAUUUGAUAUUUUUUGUUUUGUGAAAGAGGCGAAAAACAUAAGACUUGUGAUGGAGAAGAUCCAGUUUUACCCAUCUGAUCA